AUGUUUCGCCGACCUGCUGUGCGUACCACAAAGCUACGUCAUUCGGCGCGAUUCGCAGCCAAGGAAGCUGCUCGAGUGCUGGAUGGAGCCGAACGAUCCUCUCUCACGAAUAAGAAACUUGCUUCUCUUGAACAAGACAAUGCUCAUGAAGAUCCUCAUGCAAACAUUGUGUGGCGAAAAGAUCUUCCCAAUUUCGAGGAUGAAAUGAUUGGUGGACCGAAGAAGAAAGGUAGUCGUAAACGCCCUAGUUCCGCAACUCCAGGUGCAAAUCCUCCUAAGAAAAAGCGCAAAUUCCGUGCACGACGUUUCCGGAAUUUUAUCUCCGCGUUGGACGAAGCGAACCAAAAGUAUCGCAAGGACAAAAGGCUUUAUAGGGCUUUUUUCAAGGCAACAGCUCCAGCCCCUAAAGUCAGAGGAAGAAAGUUUUGUGCUCCUUGCGGUGAUGUUGCUAAAUACUCUUGUAUGAGAUGUGGUACCCCCUAUUGCUCUAUUGCUUGUCGUGACGUUCAUGUGGACACAAGAUGUCAACGGUGGAUGCGCUGA